AUGGAGAACUCCAGCCAAAACCCAAUAACCCCCUAUUCUGCAAAAAAAUAUCUGCCUCAGAUCCAUCCAGUGCUGCAGGAAAAUGACUCACAAAUUCACCACCAACAUAAGGGCAACCACAAACAGGCCAUGUCAAUCCCAUUUGACAAAAAAACAGCUGCAGCAACAACUUUAUCGACAUUUCCAUCUAAAUAUGGAGUUUCGUUUAUGAUAAAAUCACCUCUGCUUAUUUGGAGGCGGUCACGAAGGAAAACACUUUCUAGUACCCACCAGGGACCAAAUGUUUCCUGCCAUGGAAGAGAAACAGUACGAGUCACAAGAAAUUUAUUUAUUUGCCCUGGAAGGCUAAGGGAAGCCGAACAAAGAGCCGAUCUGGAUCACAAAUUCGUGAAAGCUUCAGCCUCUCUACUGCCUGAGCAGACGAGCUCUGAUAGCCCAAAAAUCCCAGCUUGGCAGAGCAAAAGUGACUACAGCGGCUUAAAUGGCUCACAGUCUGACUAUGACUUCAAUAAGAAAUACAUUUUUCCUGAGGGGGAAUCUGAAAAUCAGCACCCACUUUCUUGCGAUUAUGAUCGACGUUCUCAUAUUCGUCACUACUGUUCCCAACCUUCACAGCCAAGAGCAGUGAAUGCCUUGGGUCUUAUUAACGCCAGUGACUCGUCUACAGGCUGGCUUCCGUGGGGCAAAAGGUCUCAAAAGCGCAAGUCCACAGACAAGGACAUCAUUGACUCCAGAAGAAAUAUAUCUCUGAUAUGUCACGCACCUAUUCAAGAAACCGACAUUGAUGCAGUUUGUGAGUCAUCUGGACCAGCCCGAGCCUUUCAGUUAUCGAAAAAUAAGGAUUCCCUGGAAAUGACCGACCCCGAUGAGUCAGAAGAGCGGGGAUCUUCAGGAGCCGAGCCUCAAGAAACAGGGGUAUGA